AUGUCAAUAGAUUGCAGGAAAGAAGUGGUGAAGAAGUUGCAGUAUCAAGGGUUGGUUGGAAGAAGCACUAACGAAGUUUUGCAGCUCUACUCUGCUCAUGGACAGCAGCAGGCAUUGCAGACAAGCUGUGUUGUAACCCAGCUUCACAGAGCAUUACAGAGGCUUAAGCAAGACCUGAAGAGCCUCCACUCAUUUGCUCUUGAGCUUUCAAAAGACUUUCAGCAUCAAUGCAAGACUUAUCUUUACCAAGUUUUGACAGUGGUCCAAAGGAUACAGCUGCAAAAUGAAGCAAUGCAAAUGUUCCAGAUAAAAGCUUUUGAUCUUGAGCAAUCACUACAAGAAGUUACAGAGAGAUAUGAGAAAGAAAAGCAAAAGAGAAGAGCUCUACAUAACAGUUUAGUUGAGUUAAGAGGAAAUAUCAGAGUCCACUGCAGGAUCCGACCGUUACUACCUUUUGAUACAGCUGCUGGACUUACAAUACCACAAGAUGGGCAAAGAAACUUUUCAGAAAAGGUGGCAUAUGCAGCUGAUGAUGAAACUGUCCUUGUAAAGUGUAACCGUCCUGGUCAUGCAUCAAUAAACAGGACUUUUCAGUUUGAGAGAGUUUACAAUGCUUCUGAAUCUCAAGACACAGUGUUUGCAGAUGUGGCCCCUUUGCUAACUUCUCUCCUGGACGGGUACAAUGUGUGUAUCAUGGCUUACGGGCAGACUGGAAGUGGGAAAACAUAUACAAUGUUGGGACCACAGAUAGAGGAGAACUUUGCAUUCUCCACAGAAGAUGAAUCAGAACUUGGAAUUAUUCCUCGAGCUACCCAAGAAGUGUUCAGGCUUAUUUCAGAAAAGCCACUGGGAAGUUACUGGGUUGAGGUUUCUGUUGUAGAAGUAUAUAAUAAUGAAAUUUUUGAUCUUCUGGCCAAAGACAGUUGUGGAAGAGUAUUUGGCAUCAAACGUGAUGUUGUCACAACGAGAGAAGGAAAGAGAGAUGUUCCACUGCUUACGUACGAGGCUGUUGAAAAUGCAUCAGAAUUCUUGCAUCUGGUAAAAAAAGGGCUACAGUUAAGAGUCAGACACCCAACACUGGUGCAUGCUCAUUCCUCCCGUUCUCAUCUGGUAGUUACGCUGACCAUAACGACAAUUGUCUCUGGAGAGAACUUUGGUAUUUCAUGGGAAGAUGAACUAACCAGUCAGAAGCAAAAUAAAGAGGUUUCCUGCACCUUUCCACAGAAAACGAGAGAAAAUAAAUCCACUUUUUCUUCCAGAGCCUCUUCACCAGCACAGUUUGAAACAACUGAAAAACCAAAGCAAGUCAAAACUAGACUGCAGCUGGUGGAUCUAGCUGGUAGUGAGUGUGUUGGUAUGUCUGGAGUGACAGGUGCAGCACUGAGAGAGACAUCAUUUAUUAACCGCAGCUUGUCUGCUCUAGCAGACGUUCUUGGAGCAAUAGCAGAACAGCGAUCUCAUAUACCAUACCGAAACAGCAAACUUACGCAUCUGCUCCAGGACGCUGUAGGAGGUGAUGCUAAACUGCUGGUGAUGCUGUGCAUCUCUCCUGACCAGAAGUACUUAGCAGAAUCGAUGCAGUCUUUGGGAUUUGGAACUCGUGCUCGGCAAGUUCAGAGAGGACAAGUCAAGAAAAAAAAUCUCCUAGUAUCGAGUAAAGCAAAAUAAAAUCUAACGCCCCUGUGGAUUAAAGUAGUAUUAAUGAGUUCCUCAGACUGAAAUGUAUAUUGUUGUCCUAGAGCCAUUCUUCUAGAUAUCAACUGCCAGAUAAAAUAAACAUCCCUCAAUACGGUGUUAGCAUGCCAUAAACCUGCUGAUAAUGUUCUUGCUCCAAGAAUAACAAGCCUUGACAAGAGCUACCAACCAUGAUGGAAUGGCACAGCAACAGAUCAGGCUUUUUUAGGAGAGCUACUUCAAGACAUGAUUGUAGUGAUGCGUUUCCUCUGGGCAAGGAAGUAGAACCAGGUCAACAGAACCCUAAUUUCGCUUGGUUCGCUUCAGGAAGGCCAAGCUGCAUUUUGUUAUUUCAGUAGAAGGCAGGCAUGAGUCAAACUAUCAUUCCAAUGUUUCAAAGCAGCAACUGCUUCAACUCCUGCCAGCUUGGAUGAAAAUGAGAUAGGGCAUUUUGGCAUGUUCUUCUUUCUAGCACGCAGGCAGGAAUGUAGAGUAUUGCAUGGGGUUCAGUUUUCUGAUUUUUCAACAUGAAAAAAAUGACAGUAGUGAGAUGGAGAAAAAGGAAUUAGGCUAUAUCUGCUAUCCUUCUGGAAUGCAGCUCAGGAAGCAAAUAAGGGAGUAUACAGCUUUUGGAAAACAUGCUCAGGUUAAAUGGUUGGAACGAAUUCCAGUUCUGCAGAGUUCCCCAGGAAUACCGCUUUGCCUAUUUUUUAUUUCAUGAGUGAUGACUGGCACUGAACUACAGCUUCUAAUGGCUAAUGGGACCUAACUUGUACAACUGUUUUAGUAGCAAACUUGCUUGUUAUUUCAUUUGCAUUACUGUAGUACCCAGGUUAACCACAUCACAACUUUGAAGUCGUCUGCACAUUAGAGAAGAACGAAUAGAAGCUUCCCAACUACCAAGUGAA